AUGUCAAGCCCAACAAGUAGUGCAUGGAAAGCAGCAAUCCAUCUGCUCAAGUACCUAAACCAAACCAGUGAGUACAAACUGAUUUUUGGAGAUAGAUCAAGCAAGCACUCGGAAUGCCCAGUCAUCACAUACACAGAUGCAAACUGGGCAUCAGACCCAAUGAAUAGACAAAGGAGUAUGUCAGGAGCAGUAACAUAUGUAUAUGGGUGCCCUGUUAGCUGGAAAUUGCACAUUCAAAAGUGUGUAGCAUUAUCAGCUGUGGAAGCAGAAUUUGCCGCCACCUCAGAAGCAGCAAGAGAGGCACUUUUCUUCUCUUAUCUCCUCAGGGACCUGGAGAUGGGAAUGAUCCAACCAGUCCUUUGCACUGACAGUCAGGGAUGCAUUCAGGUGAGCAAGGAUCCAGCGAAACAUUGGAAAUUGAAGCACAUAGACACUCAAUAUCACUUCAUCAGGGACCAUGUGCAGGAUGGAGAGAUAGUGAUUGAAUUUGUUGGAACAGCAAGCAAUGUGGCAGACAUACUAACAAAGCUGCUGAAAGGUCUAGCAACAUCUCAACUAGCUCAGUUGUUAGGGCUGGUAAUGCCAUCAGAGGGGGGAGUUAAAGAUGUGUCAGCAUCCCAACAGGGUUCACAGAAUAAUAUGGAGUCUGUGGAACACAAGCAAGUUCUCAAUUAA